AUGGACUGGAAUGUAAGACCGCUCCAGAAUGCUGAUGCAAAGAACCUGCAAAGCGAAGAAGCAUGUUACACUCCGUUGCUUUCUAGUGUACGUGUUUUUCCUCAGACAAAUUCCUAUUCUUCUAAAAAUGGAUGCACAUAUCCUGGAAAUAACGAAAUGGUGUAUCUGCCAACCAGCAAUGUUGCAUUCCCUCUUGUAAAUGCUGAAGGAUUCCAAACUUCAGAUCAGGCCUUACCAGGAGCAUCUGUGGCCAGUAAUGAUUUUUUUGUCUCAAAAUACUCAGUUGAUCAAUGUCCACUGUCCUCUGUACCACCAGCUCCAAAACCUCCUAGUCGGACAUCACGUUUGCGGACAGAGAUGACUCGGACUUCUUGGCCAAAUUCUAAUGCCUACACUUAUUCUUAUAGAAAGUUACCUACCCAGUCUUCUCAAAUGAGUGCUGGAAAUAACAUGAGAAAUGUAUUUCAGGAACCUCAGUAUGCCACUACAAACGGUUACGUUAUGCAGCCACACAUACCGCAGCAUAACUCUAUGACAGCUACAACGUUCUAUCACAGUGACAUUAAUUCCCAGAAUAAUUCUAUGUCUCUUGGUACAUCUGGGCAACGUGUCCACAACAGAAUGUAUCAUCACAACUCUCAAUUGAAAGUUUUACACUCAUUGAAUCAAAGUACAGUAGCAAAUGUACAGCUGCUACAACGUCAGCCAAGCCAGAUGGGAUCAGAAGCUGCUAGCGGACGUUCUGCUCCAUCUUUGUUGCCUGCCAACUGUGAUUCAAGAGCUGCAGAACAGUCUUCACUAGGCAUACUACAGACAGUUCAAAAUGUGCCUAACGGAUACGCCUUUAGCCAACAGAGUUGCCCAUCAGAUCCACAAAACGCUUCUGGUUUUAAUAGCGUUCUGCAACACUGUCAGAAACAGCAAUCUGGAGAAGGUAGUCAGUCGGUUGGGAAUGUCUGUAAUUCAAUUGAAAAUGUGACAGCAAAUAAGCCUUUUAAUGAAGUGUCUGUGCCAUCCCCUGGCUUUUCCAAAGAACUCUAUGAUAUUUUGCAGGAGGUGGAAAGUAUUCCUUCGGUGGCUGCUUCAAAGCCACUGAGUGAUCCUGCUUCAGUUCAAGAAAGCCAGACUAGCAGUUUAAUGAAUGGGCCUGUUAAUUCUCAGUUUUUUUCAGCAACAGCAGAUGAAGGAAUGGUUAAGGAAAGACUAGAUUGGGAAGCUCAAAGGCUGCUCGCUAUUAAAAAAAAAUGUGUCCUGCUUGAAAGGAUACAUCUUUAUAGGAGAAAAGUCUUAGCAGCUUCAGGAUGUGAGAAAAGUACUCCCCCACUUCUUCCAAAUUACCAAGCUACUCUUUCUAAUUGUCUUCCUACUGUGCCCAACCAAAAUGUACCACCUUCCUCAUCUGAAACAGUGAGGACAGAGAGUACAAUACUUAACUCUUCAACUGAAGAAGGAAACAACAAAAACGUAGCCAAUACUGAUAACAGAGGAUUAGAGGUGACUAAAAGUAACCCUCAGGUGGAGCAGGGAAGCCUUUCAUCAAGCUCUGCUCCUAUUCCUUCUCAAAGCCAACUCCCAGCUCAGUUAAAUAAUCCUGAGAGCAAUCCCAUCUCUGAACAAAGGGAUGCAUAUGCCUUGGCUUCUUCUCAAAAAAACAUUACAUCCUUGAACAGCGCUUCGUGUGUCAGUCAAGUGGAUAGCUCUAUCAAAACUGCAUCAAAGAGUUUGCCAGUUAACCCCAAGAACUCACCAUUUCUUCAGUUUUUCUUGAGCAGCACAAAUACACUGAAAGAGGAGAGAGCUGGUGCUACUGCUGAUAAGAUACUGACUAGUCUCCUGUCUGGUGAAAAACCAUUGAUAGGUGCAUCUGUUUCAGGUAGAAGCUUAUUAAAAGACACUAGUGAGAAGAAUGUAGAAGGUUUGAAAGGUGAGCAACCAUUUACGGUUCACACAAACUCUUCUGUAUCAGAAAAAAACAGAUCUGGUAAAGCUAAAUUCCAGAGUGGUGCAGCUCAGAAAGAAAAGCCAUUUACUGAAAAUACAUCUUUUAAACAGAACAGUUAUAAUUACUCUGUGGAAGAGCUAAAUGCAUGCCUGGGCUUGUGGAGAAAGCAUCCGUCGAAAUCUGUAAGUGUGCAAAAUAGCCAGUCAAAUGAAAGCCCCAGAGUAAAUCAGAUUUCACCUUGCAGCCAAAAUGCACAAAAUAGAGAAGAAAAUAAUGUUCUGGUUAGUACAGAGGAAGAAACUUUGCCUACAACAACUGCUUCUGUAGGGCAAAAACUUGAUACUGUGAGCUGCAAUUUGAUAAAAGGUUCUGAACUCCAGGUUGCGGUUGUCUCUCCUUUAGUGCUUUCUGAACAGAGAACACAGUGUGAACAGGCAGACAAAAGUCCAACAUCUGCAGGGAAAACCUGUUCAGUGAUUGACUCAGGAAGCACAGGUAGCUUGCAAGAAGAGGGGAAAAAUGGUUUAAGUGUGAUGAAUACUGAUAAAGGAACAAAAGAAACUGUUUGGUCACCAUCCAGCAAUUGUGUUCCGGCACUGAAAGUGGACUCACAUUUGCAACAGACCAAAUUAGCUGGUGGAAACAGAAUAGUAAAAACCAGCAUGGGCACAAAUGAUUCAUAUAAUGAAAACCAAAGGAAAGUUAGUGAAUCUGCACAAGAUGCCAGAGAAAAUCUGCAGCUGGGGUUACAAAACAAGCCAUCUCUUCCUGAACUGGGUAUCAAUUUUUCGAGUCAGAUCUUUCAAGAUGGUAUGAAAGACCACAAAGACAUGCAAGCUGUGUUAGAGACAGGAGAUACAUCCACAGCUGUCUUGGAAGAAAAGAUGUUUUGUAUUUCUAGUGUAUGUUCUCUUGUUGAAGGUGAUAGAUUUUAUAAUCCACAAAUAGCAAGUAUCUUUAGGUCAGUCCCUGAGACACAUGCAUUAAAUGGUACCUCAUCAGAGGGAAAGGCAUCUGACCCGGGGCAAAAGGAGCGACAGUGGGACUUGCAUAAAAAUAAGGUGAGCAAUAAAACUCCCCGAAGACAGAGCUUGCUGCAAAAUGUGUUGGAAGAAUCAUCAGGUUGCAUGAGUAAAGCAGGUAAGAUUCUGGAUGGCAUCACAGCUAGUCAGUUGGAGAAGGAAAGCAAUGGCAAUCCUCUUAAAACAAUUUCUACCUUAGAACAAAACCCGCCAUUCAAUGCAUCUUUCAAAAAUACUGACAAGGACUUGGAAAUUCUUGCUAGUAUAAACCAGGAGUUAGCUCAAAAUUCACUUGAUUUCUCCAUCAGCGUAGCUGCUGAAACAAAUGCAGUCACUCUUCCAAGAGACAGCAGUAAACAAAAUUACAUGUUCAGUAAAACUAGCACAGAAAAAGAGAUGAAUCUUUUUGGAGUGCAACCUGUUAAAUAUCUAAACAAUCAGCUGUCUGAACUAGUGAAAGAGUUUCCGUAUGGCAUUGAAGGUGCUGAUAUGCUAAGAAAAGAACCAGUACAAAAUGAUUCUUUGGCUGAACAGAAGGAGAAUCAACCUCAAAAAGAGACUCAGAUUUGUGACAAGGAUUCUCAUUUGAAGGACUCGGUAGGUCAGAGAACAACUGUAGUGUUAAGCUCUGAUCAGAUGAAAGAACCGUUUCCUGAACGCAACUGGUGUUCCUCUAGUGACAGCAGGAGAGUAGCGAGUCAACAGUCAGAAAAGUCUUCAGCUGAGAAGGAGAACCUCGAAGGCGGCGUUCAACCUAGUCAGUGUCUGGGCAAGAAGACAGAAAACCCACAAGAAAACUCCAACCCCAGGGAAAAAGAAAAAAACGAUUGUUCUUUAAUGGGUUGUCUAUCUGUAGCACGUGAAAUGCCACAGUGUGCCUCUGAAUUGGGAAAGUUUGAUUCGGAGCAAAAUGAUGAUCAACUUUCAAAAGCUGAAAAUACCAGCUCUGCGGACAGACAAGAAAACAACGGUAAAUCUGAUGCUGUAACAAAGAACAACGGUGCAGUGGGAAACCUGCAAAGUUCUGAAGAAAUCCCAAACAGUGUUAGCAAAAUUAAAAAAGACACUUGCAAAUACAGUUCUGUAAUGAACACAAAAACUAGCCUAAAGGUGAAUAAUGAAUGCGAACCGCUUACAACACAACAGGAGAAAAUUAAACCACUCAAUUCCUCUGAAAACCAGGAUGCCAACAAAUGUAAAAUGAGCAGCUGGAAGGAAGAGCUGCAAAUCGACAAAGGAAUCUCACUGUUGGACAAAGAUUUUCAGUCUGACAAGAAAGAUCAGACAAUCUCAGAAGAGUUGUCAGAGAAAGCUGGUCAUACAGAUGCAGACAACAUGGCAAAGUCAUCCAAAAAGAAAGAGACAAUUUUGAAAAGGAAGUCCCUUUCAGAAGAUAAAACCAAAACAGUUUUGGCCACAAAGUCCAAAGCAGAUGUUCAAAAGUUUGCAAAGUCAGAAACUGUUGAAGUUAAGCAUGUUGAAGUCAAUCAAGGACUAAAACUUAAAACCCAUGAAGAGAGCUCAGUUGAAGAACAGAACUGCAGGAAACAAAAGGAGAUACUUGGGCAAGACGUAGGAAUUAACAUCAAAGAGAAAGCCAAAUCAUCAGCUGAAAUACAACAUAAAAAGCUGAAAAGUUGUCAUGCUGAUGCUGUAACAUUGCCACAUUUUGGCACGGUAGACCUAAAGUCAAGAAAUCACAAAUAUUCUCAGCAUAAAGCUAUGAAAGCUCAUCCUUCAGAGGAGCAGUCAUACAAACGGAAGAGGAAGGAAAAUAUGAUUGGGAAGAGAGACUCUAAGAAAACAAGGGUGGACGAGGAAAGACUGAAAAAAUCUGAAACAAAGAAUUCCAAGCAGCUUUCACAAAAUUGCGUGAUAAAUACUGACAAAGCUAAAAAAAAGAAUGUAGAAAACAGCUGGAAACCAAAGACCUCGUUAGCAGAUCGCUCUGUGAUUAAACUACAGAGAAAAAGGGCUCGACCGUCUACCAUCUCUAAAAGCUACUUUUCUAAUAAAGAGAGACGUCUUGAUGGUCAAAACAAAGACAAGUGCUCUGAGAAAAUGUUUCCUGAUAAAAACCUGCUAUACUUAAAUAGAAGGAAUAACAGAUUAAAAUUGCAUAUUCAAAAGGAACCAAAAAAACACUACCUGAACAGAGUUGCAUUUAAACGUACGACACAGGAACGCAUAUAUCUGACAAAAUUGGAGACAUCGCCUGUCAGACCUGUCUGGCAUCUAAAGCCCAAGGUGUCACAAAACAGCCCAGAUGUGAAAAGAGAUGCUUCUGUCUCAGAAGCUGAGAAACCGUGCAAACAGGACAUACUUGAAUUCAAGCUGUGUCCAGAGAUACUGUUCAGAAACCCAACCACUGAUGAAGAAAGCUUAGCUGCAAAGAAAUCCCUGGAAAGUGAGAAAGCUGUUGUGGCAGGUGUCAAGAGUAAAAAAGAAGAUUGGUUAAAAUGUGAUCCAGUGAAGCAAAAAACGCUGCAAGAGAUCUGUACAGCUGAGGACAGUAUUCCACUUGAUACAGCUAUACAGCUCCUGGAUGGAAAUGGCGAGGCUCUUCACAUUCCAAUCAAAGACUCAAAAGAGAUUUUUCAGACCUACAGAAAAAUAUAUCUGGAAAAAAAGAUGCAAAAACCUUGA